AUGGGUGUAGGGGAUACCCCUACGGGGGUGACCGACACUCUGCCCGGUGCAGGGGCUACCCCUACGGGGGAGGCCGGCACCGGGAGCGAGGAGUCCGUUGAAACGGAUGGAGAAGAGACGGCGGAUCGAAGAUACCCCGCUAGAGCGAGGUGGGCGCCCGGGGAGUGGUAUCGGGCGAAUUUGGCGGCGGAAACGGGGAAGCACCUUAAGGGAUUGGGGGAGCAUCCGGAAGCCAUAGGGGGAGAAGAGAGCGUUUUUCGGCGGAACUCGAUGGACGAGGAGAUGCGGUCCUUGUUGGAAAAUGGGACGUGGGAGCUUGUCGAAAAAACCGGAAGGG